AUGUGGGACUCAGUUCAUUCUACCGCCCUGGGUGUCCUCAGCCGCGCACAUAGCCAGCACCAGGACUGGUUCGACGACAAAGACGCAGCCAUCAACAACUUGUUCGUCGAGAAGAUCAGGCUACACAGAGCCGAUCUCGGCUGUCUAACCGAUGCGAACAAAGCAGCCUUCCACCAAUGUGGCCGCCUUACGCGGCAACGAUUACGAGGAAUGCAGGACUUCUGUAUGGCUCGCAAGGCCAAGGAGAUCCAGGGGUACGCCAGUCGCAGCGUAUCAAAGGAUUUCAUGGAUGAAAUCAAGGUGAUCUGCGGUCCCUCGACCAGGUCCGAUGGAUUAACGUUUUUGACGGAGAAGUCGCAGAUUUUGAAGCGCUGGGCCGAGCACUUCAGAAGCUUCCUCAAUCGCCCCUCCACAAUCUCCGAUGCCGUCAUCGACCGGUUCUCCAAAGUGGAAAUUAACAUCGUCCUGGACCUCCCGCCCUCCUCCCAGAAACCAUUCGCGUUGUGCCACAACUCCCUAGCGGGUAACUGCUAG